GUUGACAAUGGGAAUUUUGAAAAAUGUCUUGCUUUGAUCGAAGAAGAAUGGUAGGAGAGUGAUAAUUAGCGCGUAUCGGUUGUGUAUAUACACCGCGGCGCCACUGAACUCCAGUGUAGCAACUCAUCUCGUAUUACGAUCGUAUCACGUCGUCGUUUCUUUACUCGUGUCUCGUGAAAGCUUAAUCCUAUCGUAAAAUGCCUCCGAAUUUGGACGAUUGCGUGAAAAUGGCGGAAUAAAAUGGCAGGACGUAGAUCGACUUUAAGCAAUGUCGAAUCCUUAUCGGGAUCAGGAAAUACUGAUCCUUUAAGAGAAUUAUUCGAAGCCUGUAAAACUGGUGAUCUUACGAGAGUUAAGGCGUUGGUUACACCAAAGACAGUUAAUGCACGAGAUACCGCUGGACGCAAGGCCACUCCACUGCACUUUGCAGCUGGCUAUGGGAGAAUAGACGUAGUAGAGUUUCUUCUUUCUGCCGGUGCAUCGAUUCAAGCAAGAGACGAUGGUGGUUUACAUCCACUGCAUAACGCAUGUUCUUUCGGACAUUCCGAUGUUGUAAGAUUGCUUCUUGAAGCAGGAGCUAAUCCUAAUACAAGAGAUAAUUGGAAUUAUACACCUUUGCAUGAAGCUGCCAUUAAGGGUAAGAUAGACGUAUGCAUAGUAUUGUUGCAACAUGGAGCUGAUGCAAAUAUUAGAAAUGCCGAGGGAAAGACUGCAUUGGAAUUGGCAGACGCUGCUACUAAGCCAGUUUUAACAGGAGAAUAUAGAAAGGAUGAACUUUUAGAAGCUGCAAGAUCAGGAAACGAAGAAAGAUUAUUACAGCUUUUAAAUCCACUUAAUGUCAAUUGUCACGCUAGUGACGGACGAAGAUCAACACCUUUGCAUUUAGCAGCUGGAUAUAAUAGAUCUAGAGUUGUACAAAUUCUUCUUCAAAAUGGUGCGGACGUACACGCAAAGGACAAAGGAGGACUUGUUCCCCUUCAUAAUGCUUGUUCUUAUGGACAUUUCGAAGUAACAGAAGCACUUCUUAAACAUGGAGCCGCUGUAAAUGCUAGCGAUUUAUGGGCAUUUACACCAUUGCAUGAAGCCGCUAGUAAAUCCAGAGCAGAAGUUUGUUCUUUACUUUUAAGCGAAGGUGCAGAUCCAACUCAAUUGAAUUGUCACAGCAAGAGCGCUAUCGAUGUUGCACCUACCGUAGAAUUACAAGAAAGAUUAGCAUACGAAUAUAAAGGCCAUUGUUUAUUGGACGCCUGCAGGCAGGCUGAUCCAACUAAAUUGAAAAAGUAUUUGUCUCAGGAUGUUGUCAAUUUUAAACAUCCAUAUACCGGGGAUACGCCAUUGCAUUGCGCGGUUGCAUCGCCUUAUCCAAAACGAAAACAGAUUAUUGAAAUUUUGAUUAGAAAAAAUGCUGCCAUGAAUGAGAAAAAUAAAGACUUUCUUACGCCUUUACACGUGGCUACUGACCAUUCGCAUUACGAUGCAAUGGAUAUAUUACUUAGGCAUAAUGCUAAAGUAAAUGCAUUAGAUGGCCUAGGACAAACUGCUUUACACAGGUGCGUUAGAGAGGACAAUGUGCAAGCAUGUAGAAUAUUGUUAUCGUACAACAUCGAUCCUUCAAUUGUAUCUCUUCAAGGUUAUACGGCGGCACAAGUUGCCGCGGAAAAUGUUUUAAAAAUAUUACAAGAUCCACCUAGUGGAACCGACGACGCUGAAGCACAGCUUUUAGAAGCUAGUAAAUCCGGCGAUUUGAAUGCUGUAAAAAGAAUUUUACAAACAAAUCCACAUGCCGUAAAUUGUCGCGAUUUAGAUGGCCGACACUCUACACCUCUGCAUUUUGCAGCAGGUUUUAAUAGAGUGCCCGUCGUCGAAUACCUUUUGGCACAUGGUGCGGAUGUGCAUGCCAAAGAUAAAGGCGGAUUGGUGCCCCUUCACAAUGCUUGCUCUUAUGGUCAUUACGAAGUAAUAGAAUUAUUAGUAAAACAUGGCGCAUCAGUGAAUGUCGCAGAUUUGUGGAAAUUUACUCCCCUUCACGAGGCCGCGGCUAAAGGUAAAUGCGAAAUCGUUCGAUUGUUAUUAAGGCACGGCGCAGAUGCAACUAAAAAAAAUAGAGACGGAGCAACUCCUCUUGAUCUAGUAAGAGAAGGGGACCAAGAUGUUGCAGAUUUAUUAUGUGGAAAUAGUGCCCUUUUGGAUGCCGCAAAAAAAGGGAAUCUAGCCAGGGUGCAAAGGCUGGUUACGCAAGAUAACAUCAAUUGCAGAGAUACCCAAGGUCGGAACAGUACGCCUUUACAUUUUGCUGCGGGUUAUAACAACUUAGAGGUAGCAGAAUUUUUGCUAGAAAGAGGAGCGGAUGUAAACGCACAAGAUAAGGGUGGCUUAAUACCUUUACAUAAUGCUUCAAGCUAUGGACAUUUGGAUAUAGCGGCAUUACUUAUUAAAUAUAAUACAAUAGUAAAUGCAACUGACAAAUGGGGCUUUACACCACUCCAUGAGGCUGCACAAAAAGGAAGAACACAAUUGUGUGCUCUUUUAUUAGCACACGGUGCCGAUCCUUUUCUUAAAAAUCAAGAAGGACAAAGUCCAGUAGAUUUAGCGAGUGCGGACGAUGUACGUUGUUUGUUGCAAGAUGCUAUGGCUUCCCAGCAAGUAGUGCCGUCUGUACCAUCGGGUAAUAAUGGCGUUGGUCUUGGGAUUAACAUUAAUGGGAAUGGUGGUAGUACUAUUAAUAGUAGACCACCUAGUAUCGUUGCCGUACCAGUAACUCCACCACCACCGCUUACUCAAGAAACAGUUAUUAUGCCUUCUGGAGCUGCAAUGACUUUAUGCGUUCCGUUAGCUCGGCCAUCGUCUUGUCUAAGCCCAAUGCCACCAUCUGAUUCGAAUUCUGAAAGAGAAUCUAAAGAUAUGUGCAAAGAAAAUAAUAGUUCGAACAUUACGACCGUAGCGGGCUUCCUUCAAAGUCUUGGAUUAGAACAUUUACUCGAAUUAUUUGAAAGGGAACGUAUUACGUUGGAUAUAUUGGCGGAAAUGUGUCAUGAAGAUUUGAAACAAGUUGGCGUAACUGCUUAUGGAUAUAGGCAUAAAUUAAUUAAAGGAAUGGAAAAAUUAUUAACCACCGCCACGGGAACACUAUGGCAACCGUCCAUUACUCCUGGUACAUUGUUAGUGGAUUUGUUGACCGAGGAUAAAGAAUUUUUAGCUGUGGAAGAGGAAAUGCAAAGUACCAUUAGACAGCACAGAGAUAAUGGACAUGCCGGUGGUAUCUUUUCACGGUAUAACAUUGUCAGGAUACAAAAGGUUCAAAAUCGGAAAUUGUGGGAACGUUAUGCCCAUAGAAGACAAGAAGUAGCUGAAGAAGUUGGUGCAGCUGCUCCAGCAUCGCCUGGAACAGGUCCUAGAUCCACACCAAGUUCUGCAGUUCCUCAAGCAAAUGAAAGAAUGUUAUUUCAUGGUAGUCCCUUUAUAAAUGCAAUUGUACAGAAAGGUUUCGACGAAAGGCAUGCAUAUAUCGGCGGUAUGUUUGGUGCUGGGAUAUAUUUUGCAGAGCACAGUAGCAAAAGCAAUCAAUAUGUGUAUGGUAUAUGCGGAGGUACUGGGUGUCCUUCUCAUAAAGAUAGAAGCUGUUACAUCUGUCACAGGCAUUUAUUACUUUGUCGAGUUACCCUGGGUAAAUCGUUCCUACAAUUUUCUGCAAUGAAGAUGGCUCAUGCACCGCCUGGUCAUCAUAGUGUAAUGGGUAGACCAUCCCAAGGUGGUUUGGCUUUCCCUGAAUAUGUUGUGUAUAGAGGAGAACAAGCAUACCCUGAAUACUUAAUAACAUACCAAAUUGCAAGACCUCAACAAGAAAGUGGUGGAAGUGAAAGUGUUGAGGAACGGUGAUCAGAAGAGCCAGGCCCUGCAGCAAGAUUACGAAGCUUAUGUUGCUGCCAGAGACCAAGAACACACGGUACCUUGUCUUAGAACUGAUUAUGACUUUAUUCAUUGUAUUCAAAUUUCUUUGAUUGAAUCAACAAAUGUUAUCCAUGAUAACGAUAAUCCAAUUGACUAUAAGAACUGAUACAGGCAUUUAAUUUUCAGUAUAUUUUAAUUAUUAUUAUUAUUAUAUAUAUAUAUAAACAUACAAAUUCACAUGUGCAUUGAGAAUUUGCAUUAGAACAGAUAUAUUUUCCAACAGUAUUAUAAUUAAAAAUUUAUUCCUUAUUUAUAUAUAUGGAUAUCUUUAUUGGGGGUGGGUGGGGAGGGGGGGGGAGUAUUAUAUUUUAGACUAAACAUUUUGAUUCUGAAAAGUAUUUAAAAUAUGAGACAAUAUGAUAAAUAAAUUUUCAACAGAUUGUCUUCUUAAGUAUAUUUUUUUUAUCAAAUGGUAUGAUAAUAAAUGCAUCAAGAUAAAAAAAUAUAUUCAAUAUGCAAUACCUUAUAUAUGGAGGGUGAGAAAGCAUAAAUUACGAUUUUUUAUAUACACACACAUAUAUAUAAAAUUAGAAACAUAAUAAAUGUGUUUAUAUAUAUAUAUUCGAAAUCAUACAUGUAUUCAUUCUUUUCUUUUUUACUUGUGAAACAGUUUCUCUUAAAAUUUUGUUACUCGAUUUCGAAACUGUAAUUUGAUAUACUCUUCUGGGAUAAAUUAUUAAGAAAUUUCAGUUCCUCUAUUUAUAUGAAAUUAAUUUAUGUAAAAAUGUAUUAUAUAUAUACAUAUAUAUAUGUAUAUAUAUAUAUCUGUUCUCGUGUAUAUAAUUUCUUAGUUCACAUUGUGAAUUGUAAGUAAAAUUCAUUUCAUCUAAUCUUAAAUUUGAGAACUAAAAAAAAUAUUGUUUCUCUCUCUUUCUCUCUCUUUCUCUCUCUCUCUCUCUCUCUCUCUCUCUCUCUUUCUUAUUAGUAUUAUUAUUUAUUAUAUAAUAUUUUUUUUACGAUAUGCAUUUAAUUAACUAUCUAAAAUCGUCGUUUAAGCAUCAUCGUAGUCCUUUUAUAACGUACGUUUAUUAAAGAAAAAUAUGAAUAUUUGAAACUCUAAUUUGAAUGAUUGAAAUGAGUUGAUUCCUUUACUUUUACUAACACACAACUCUGUAAAUAUAUUAAUCAGUUUUAUUCUAUCCUAUCCUCUUUGGAGAAAGGAUGAAAUAAAUAAGUCUGUUAAGAUGUAGGAGAAAGAGAAAUGUCUUAAAGGGGGGAGGGGAAAAAAAAGAAAAAAGAAACAAAAACAAAAAAAAAAAAGGAAUGAGAGACAUUAUAAUCCUAGUAAUGGAAUUGAGAUACUUAUAUGUCAAUAUAAUUCUAUUUCAUAGAACACAUGAAAUGAAUCUAUUUAUUGUUUUCUAUAAGAUUCGACUGUCUAUUGCGAAUAACGUAGAUUUAUUUUAAAUUAAUUAAUUGUUUAUAGUUACAAAAAUUCCACUUUACAAUGUGUGAUACCAAUAAUACGAGGAUUAACGAUUAAUUAAUCGGGUUGUGAUCGCGAAGCUUGCUUGAAAUUUCCGCCACUGAAAAAACUUCCUCUGAUCUCACACACAACACAUUGAAAGUUUAUUCGUGUGUAAUACUAUUAUUACUACUAUUACUACUGCUACUACUAUUACUAGUACUAAUACUAUUACUAUUACUACAACUACUACUACUACUAUUACUACUACUACUACUACUACUUCUGUACAUAUUUAAGAAGCGUCUGAAAACUGGUGAAAGUCUCUAUAAGUAUAUAUACACAUCAUAUAAAAUAAAAAUAAAAAUAAAAAGUGCAGUUCCAUUGUAAUAUGCAUAAAGAGAAUAAGAUUGCGGGCGCGUACAGACAUGUAUUAUACGUCAAGCAGCAAAUACAUUUUGUUGCAAUUAUGUCCACCAUCGAUAGCUUCCUUUUUAGGUGACGGUGAUAUUUUUAUCUCUACAAAUGUAUAGUAUAUAUAUAAUAUAUAUAUAUAUAUACACACACACAUAUAUAUACUAUAUAUAUAUAUAUAUAAGCGUUUGCCAAAUGCGCGAUAAAGCCGGUCCAGUAAAUCCAAUUUUUGUUGUAAUAUUUUAUUUAUAAAUCUUGACUGAUUUAAAAAUAAGCCAAGGAAACAUCGAAAAUACUUGUGUACAAUCAUUUUUAUCUAAUUUCUUUUUAAAAUUAUAAACAACAGAGAAAAAAAUAAAUUUUCUCUUUCCUCAAGGAUUUCCUUUUACGAGAAACGCAAUAAUAUUUAUCUCGAUGUUAUGACCAAAAAAAUAAUGACCAAAAAAAAAAAAGCAAAGAAAAAAGAAAUAGCGUAAACUUUUGAAUAUUUCAUAAACAUUUGAUUUUAAUUCUUAUGGAUUUUGUAUAAAAUAAAACGAAUUUAUUAUAAUCCGUUUCAAAUACAAAAAAGUAAAUCCACGAGGAACGAAAUUUUCAAAAGUUAUGUUAUAAAAGUCAACGUUAAUUAACAAAAUCUAUGAUAUGAAAAAAAUAAUUGUGUAAUUUCUUUUUUGGCUCAAAGUGCUCACCUUUGACAUACACAUAGACACACACAGAUUAUAUUCUGUAAUAAAAUAAUAAGACCUAUGACUCCUUCCGAAGAUGAAUGAAAUAUUCGAGAGAGAAGUCAACCUUUAUAUAUUAUUAUAAUAAUUUCUUUCUAUAUAUAUAUAUAUAUAUAUAUAUAUAUAUAUAUAUAUAUAUAUAAUUUCGAGGAAUAAAAUGACACGUCUUACAAUUAUUUCGUUAGAAAUAUUUAUAUAUGAAAUAUUUUGUCAAAAAUGCAAUCACAAACUUACAAAUAAUGUUUUUGUCCAAAUGAUAAAUAUAUUUAUUUUCGUGAGACAUGUAAGAUGUGUUCAAAAGAAAAAUCUCUAUAUGUUCAAAAAAAAAAAAAAAAAAAAAAAAAUAAGAUUAAUUUUUAGAAUUUAUAAGAAAUAGAAAAUAUGAAUUUUCUUGAUUAUACGCAAUGACGCGUGUAUAAUAAUAAUUAUAUAAAGUUCUCAAUAAUACAGGAGGAUAUUUGUAAUUGAAAAAGAAAAAGAAAAAAAAAAAAAAA